AUGGCUAAGGCUCUACACCUAGGACCUUGGUUCAUUUCUGAAAACUUCCUAUCCGUACGUAAAUGGGAACCAAAAUUUGUUCCUCAAGAAGCCACCCUUACUUCUACUGCCAUUUGGAUCCGGGUUCCUCAAUUACCAACAGAGUUCUAUGACCAGGAUAUCUUGAAAAAAGUUGGGAGGAAACUAGGUAAAUUACUCAAGAUAGACAAAUGUACAUCCUCUACCCUAAGGGGAAGAUAUGCUUGCAUCUGUAUCCAAGUUCCACUGGAAACCCCAGUAGAAACAUCAGUAAUAAUAGGAGACCAUAAGCAGGCUGUGAUCUAUGAAGGAGAGGGAACCCUAUGCACUAUUUGUGGCAGAAUAGGACACACGGCAUUUAGCUGCAACUAUAGGGUACAAAAACCCACAGCAACCCAAGAACCACAAGACGAUCAUGAAGGGAAAGCAGUCAUUUCGGAGGAAAGCAAAUGGAAAACUGUCACCUUCCCACGAAGACGUAAGCAGGGACAAGAAAAUACAAUAAACAAAAAUGAAGGUAAAACGAACAAACCACAACAUGCUCCACAGACGGAAGAGAUACAGGUAAAUAUGUUCGAUGUCAAUUCAGGUAAAUUCCUACAAACUCAAACUCUUCGUUAUAAUUCAAAAAAAUUAUUAAAUGACCAAAAAACCAAAAAAAGGCCAAAUGUCCGAAACAAAAAAUUCACCAGUACACAAGAUCUGCCCAAAUACGGACACAAUACAGGCCCACCGAUGCAGCCCAAUACAGGCGCCAAACAAAAAGCGAGGCCAACAAAUGACGAUCCCACUAACACCAAUCAUGAGCCCAGCUUCCAAGGGGACUCUAGCCCAACUCCCAAUAGCUCAAACACCAUGUCUGGUGAAACACCCAAUGGGGCCGAUCCCUCUUCCCCAAACGGGCACUCCACCAAGGCCACCACUGAUAGCCCAAUUCCCCACCCAAACAUCCAAACCUACGCUUUCCCUACCAAAUCUCCUGAAAUAAUCUCUAAUGGAGAAAUUCCAACAGUUACCAACAGCAAUCGAGUGCCGUAUUUGCUACCCCUCCUAUUUCCAAAUGAAAAGACCUCAACCGUCACCUCCAUUACAUCCCCAAUUAAUGAACACACCACCCCCUGGCUCUGA